AUGGCACAACUGCCAGAGAAAGUGCUUUCCUGGCUAUACAGCGUGCUGCACGAGUACCAGGACCCACGACGAGCAUACUCGGAUGCAGUGAGGGUACUAUCUACACAUUCUUCACUCAGCCCACGCACCGAAGUCUACACGCACGAGAGCGGUAGUUCAGCAUUGCUUCUCACGAUAUCCGGGACCGUACCAGCAACGUUCCGAGGUGCUGCCUACAAAUUCCCAAUUAAGAUAUGGCUUCCCAAAGCGUAUCCGCAAGAGGUGCCUGUCCUUUUUGUAACGCCAGGCGGAGACAUGCUGGUACGGCCUGGGCAACAUGUGGGAGUUGAUGGGCGCAUAUACCAUCCAUAUCUUCGGGACUGGCAGGGCAUGUGGGAUAGAGCGAGCUUGGCAGAAUUCCUGGAGUUCCUGCAGCAGGUGUUUGCCAAGGAACCUCCAGUCAUCAGUCGCGCACAGCAGCAACAGUACUAUCAGCGGCCUGUGGGUGGCCAGAUAGCGCAAUCCCAGACUGCUCCAGGUGCUAGUCCGGGGCCGCCUCGGCUACCUCCGAAGCAACAGAUGGGUAGCGCAGCCCAGAGUGCGACACCGCAAACAAAUACUUCGGAACCACCACCAAGACCUCCGAAACCAGGUGAGGAGUACGCAGAACCGCUACCGCACAGAAGUUCAUCAAGGCAUGCAAGCCAGAGUGGUCCGCCAUUGCCGCCAUUACCUCACGAAAGGCCCGCAAGUCAGCAAUACGCACCAAGAUCUCAGUAUCAUAAUGGCUAUGCGAGCACACCACAGCCGAGAUCUCAUGUGCAUCCGUCACUACCGCAAUCAUAUGGUCACCAGAAUGGACAACCUCCUGGAUCACAGCCGCCAGUACCGCCGCACCCACAGCACCAACAGCAUGAGCAGAUACGGUCGGUCCACAACCGUAGCCCAGUGUCACCUGUGUCCCCUGUCAGUGGCUAUGCGAAGCCGCUAGAUCAGAGAUAUUCGCAAGCGCCCUCGAUACCGCAACAGCCCCAGCGAAGUCACCCGUAUCCUCGGCAGCCGCCACCUCCCCAAGGCCAGCCAUCCAACCAACCCGCCAACCAAUACCAAGGCCAGCACCCGCGGCAACAUACGGCACAGUACCUCACAUCCGGUCAGUACUACCAACAACCGCCUACAUCACAGCUACAAAAGCCACAACCACCACCAGAUCUCCUCUCAGAUCCAUUUGAUGUAACUUUGCCAGGUCCGAGCACAGCCGGUCCAGCACCGCCAAUACCCCCGAACCCAGAGAGAGAACAUCUUCUGCACGCACUUUCUACAUCAAUCGUCCAGCAAGCACGAAUGAAAGUCCAUCAGAAUCUCUCAGCCAUCGCACCUCUGCAAUCUCAAGCAAUCGCCCUACAAACAGCUCACCAACGCCUCGAGGCGGAGAUCCGUCAAUUAGAACAACUUUCUCAGACGCUUGAAACGAACGAAGCCAUACUCCGCUGCAGCAUUGCCGACUGCGAUCACCUGGUCGCAAACACGAAAUCGAAACCGCAGCCUCCCAUAGACGAUGUAUUGGUCGCGAACUCGCUGGUAGCGCAACAGUUGUGGCGAGUCUGUGCUGAGGAAGCAGGGUGUAGGGAAGCCAUGUAUGUGCUGCAGAAAGCUCUUGACCGAGGUAGGAUCUCUGGACAGGACUUUGUGAAGGCGAUGAGAGGGCUGGGCAGAGAAGUGUUUGGAAAGAUGGUUGUAGGGAGGAAGUGUGGGAGGGGGUUGGGCUUGGAGGUUGGGCCAGGUAUGGGUAAGGUUAGAUGA